UGCUAAUGCUGUUUUCAGUGCUGAUUGCAUUUAUUGUGUGCGCUGUACCGUUUCAGACGAUUCGAAUAUACUUCCUGUUCACAUCAACACCACAGGGAUAUACGCUGCCUGACUGGUACUCAACGCUAGACUUUGGGGCCGUCCUGCUCCUGUACACCAAUGCCGCUGUAAAUCCAGUAAUCUACGCCGGCUUGAACGAAAACUUCCGAAAGGGAUUUAAAGAUCUGAUAAAUUGUGUAGCCAAUAGAAAUUCACCAAAUGCAUCAGCUGACUUUGAAUCCGAAUAUAAGAAAAGGUCUACAUUACGCGCACGUGAGAGUCGCGUUGCACUCGUCGCGAGAUGUGAAACUAUUGGUUCAUUUGUGCCAAACGCGCUCGAAACCGAAUUCGAAUGUGAAGUUGCGGAUGAAGGUAGGAAUGGCGUUUCUGCAGUAGAAAAUGGACUUACAAAUGUAAAUUAUUUCCUUUUUGGGGAUGGAAAUGUUGUGAAUGACAAUAAACCGGACAAUGGUACAAUUGAAACUGACGAUAAAAAAGACACGGAUUCAGGCUUAGGUGAAGGGCUAGUGAUGGAGACAACAGACUAUACAUCCAAAUUCUGAUAACUAAACUUUCGCAGUUCAAAGACAGACUAUAUUACAAUAUUCUGAAAACAAAAGAGAUUAAUGCAGGAUUGAGAUGUCAGAAAAAAAUUUUGUUACCGUUCUGGAAAUAAUGUUAGAAUAAAUAAAUGACAUUUGAAAGACUCACAAAGCCCCUGUAUUUAGAUACAAAUCUGUCAAUUAUUAUCAGAUGAAGAAAAAUCAUCACAUUAUGUCCCUUUGUCUUUGACAUUAUAUCAUUAUCACAACGUAUUUCUUUAUAUUACAUUUCAACAAUUAACGCGUGGCGUUCAUUGAUCAUUAUAGUUUUACGAUAUGACCACAAACUUUAUAACGUGCAAAAUACAUUAUUACGUGACGCAGGUUAAAGAUAUCCUAUGCUCAUCCUUGAGAAAAAUAUUUUAAUAACAGAAAUUUGUUUAAAUCUAUGAAUUUCUUACUGAUUAUGCAUAAUUUGAAUAGCAGAAUGUAUAAACUAUAUAUGGGAAGCUGCGUUCCCAAUUACAGAUCAAGUAAAGUUGGUAUUUUCUGGGAAAAAAAAAUAAACAAA